GACUUGCACAGCUCGGCCAAGCCUCCUUAAACCGACAAUCGGCUGGAGGCUUCACAGUAGGUGCUGGUUCUGCGGUGAGCUACGACGCCCUCUUGAGCUCUCAAAGACUGGGUUAGAAAGGAGCAAAGAUCAUGGCUGGAAAAAGGAUUGCUGUGGUGACUGGGGGCAAUAAGGGAAUUGGAUAUGGGAUAAUGAAAGAGUUAUGUGCCAAGUUUGAUGGCAUUGUGUAUCUCACUGCCCGGGAUGAAGGAAGGGGCCUGGCUGCUGUUGACGAACUCAAGAAACUUGGCUUCGCUCCUCGUUUCCAUCAACUGGACAUUGACAAUGCUGAGAGUAUUUCAAAGUUUACAAAUUAUAUAAAGGACACAUAUGGAGGACUUGACGUUCUAGUUAAUAAUGCAGCCAUUGCCUACAAGAUGGCAGCCACAGAACCUUUUUGGGAGCAAGCUGAAAAUACCAUUAGAGUGAACUUCUUUGGUACUUUGGCACUGUGUCACAGUUUGUUCCCACUCCUUAGACCACAUGCUAGGGUGUCUACAGUAUCAAGUUCUGCAGGCCACCUUUCACGCAUUAAUGGAAAUGAACCACAGGCUUCUGCUCUUAGAGAGAAGUUUGCUUCACCAUCUCUUACAGAAGAGGAACUGUCUGACCUUAUGAACCAAUUUGUACAAAAAGCAAAAGAGGGAACAUGGAAGGAAGCUGGUUGGCCAAGCAGCACAUAUGUGGUGAGCAAAGUUGGCGUAUCAGCUCUCACACGCAUCCAACAGAGAGCCUUUGAUGCAGAUCCUCGAGAUGACCUUGUGGUGAACUGUGCUCACCCUGGAUAUGUUGACACAGACAUGACAUCUCACAAGGGACCACUGACCAUUGAGCAAGGAGCAGUGGCACCAUCCUACUUGGCUUUACUACCUCCAAACAUUAAAGAACCAAAGGGAGCAUAUCUUUGGUAUGAAAAGCAAGUUGUAGACUGGGUUAAGGGACCAAUGCCGUGAAUCUAAAAGGAACCUGCAUAUUACAAAGGCAUUAUAUGGGAUACUGAUUUAUUAUUGUGAUCACUUCUUUUUUGUGUUAUAUUUUACAAUGUUAUCAAAGAAAAUUUAAUUCUUAUAUUAAGUAUAGUAUGCUUUGAUUAUUACCUGGUAUCUGAAUAUGCUCUUAGUUUUAGAGGAAAUAUGUUAAUGUAUUCCAUAUAUGGUUUAGGAAUAGUGAAUGCUUAAUUGUCAACAAAAUUACUAAGCCUUUUUUUCAUUACUCUUUUUUUGUUGUCUUAAUCUUUAUUUGGAUUUGUGUUUUUGUAAAAUAUAAUGUCUUUAAAUAAUAAAGUGGGAUAUGAUUUAU